AAAGAAAGAUUUUUCUCUUCUUUUUUUUUUUCCCUGCAUUAAAACCCUUCUUCUUCCACACAAAUGGAUCUUACCUUUCUCUUCAGUUACUCUACUUCUGCUCUCUUUAUUUCCCUGAUCGUCCUCUUGUUCACCAAAUGGAAGAAAUCCAAAGCUGAUACAAAACUCCGAAAACUCCCACCUGGUCCCAAACAGUUGCCCAUAAUUGGACAUUUGCACCUUGUAAGUCUACUUCCACAUCGUGAUUUCAAAGAAUUAGCCAAAAAAUAUGGACCAAUAAUGCAUUUGAAGCUCGGUGAAACUUCAGCAAUUGUUAUAUCUUCCCCGGAAAUUUCAAAAGAAGUACUGAGAAAUCAAGAUCCUACUUUUGCAGCCAGAUCAGGAACUUUGUCUACUGAGAUUUUAUGGUAUAAUCACACUGAUAUGGCAUUUAGUCCAUAUAAUGAUUACUGGAGACAAAUGCGUAAAAUCUGCGUUUUGGAACUUCUAAGUUCCAAACAGGUUCGAUCUUUUGCUUCCAUUAGAAGUGAUGAGGUUCUUAAACUCGUCAAAUCAAUUAAAUCAUCCGCCGGAAAACCCAUAAAUCUCACAGAGAAGAUUUUCUCGUCGACAAGUUCAAUUACUGCCAGAGCAGCGUUCGGUAAAAUAUGCAAAGAUAAAGACACACUGGUAAAACUAUUCAAGGAAGGUGUAUCCUUAGCGGCAGGCUUUGAACUGGCUGACCUGUUUCCUUCUUCGAAGAUACUAAGAAUUUUCAGUUCGACUAAGGUAAAAUUAUGGGCAAUGCGCCGCAAACUUGAUGUGAUUCUUGACGAAAUAAUUGAUGAACACAAAGAGAAUUUGGCAAGAAUGAGCAAGGACAACGAAAGUUUUGGCCAAGCAGAUCAGACAAGAAGGGGAAACGGAGAGUUCGGCAACGAAGAUUUAGUUGAUGUUUUCCUACGAGUAAAGGAAAGUGGGGAACUUUCCAUUCCUAUUAACUAUGAUAACAUCAAAGCUGUUAUCUCUGAUAUGUUCUCAGCUGGAACAGAUACAUCAUCAUCGACAACUGAUUGGGCUAUGGCCGAACUUAUAAGGAAUCCACGAGUAAUGGAGAAGGCACAAUCUGAAGUACGAGAAAUUUUUAAGGGACGUGAAAUCAUAGAUGACACAGAUCUUCAAAAGUUAAAGUACCUAAAGAUGGUAAUAAAAGAAACCUUGAGGAUGCAUACAGCAGUUCCCCUUCUCCCAAGAGCUAGUACGAAAGAUAGUGAAGUCAAUGGAUAUUUUAUACCUGCCAAUGCCAAAGUCUUUGUAAACGCUUGGGAAAUGAGCAGAGAUCCUAAGUAUUGGACUAACCCCGAAAGUUUUGAACCAGAACGAUUUGAGAACAACGGUUUAGACUACGCUGGAAAUGACUUUGAAUAUCUUCCAUUCGGAUCAGGAAGAAGAAUGUGUCCGGGAAUGACUUUUGGGAUAGCUGGAGUUGAGCUUCCUUUAGCUCAACUUCUCUAUAACUUCGACUGGAAACUCCCGGAAGGAAUCAGUCCAGAUACUUUAGACAUGACCGAGAACUCUGGAAUAACUGCAUCAAGAAAAGAAGACCUUUAUGUAAUUGCUACCCCUUAUGAUCCUUGAUUUUAUCUACUACUAGAUAAUUCUAAUAAGUUUAUUAAGACAUACUUUCAUCGCAGAUCAUGUUUUUUCUUCUUGUAAUCAGAUGUAAAAUCUAUAUCAAUAAACAGUAAAUGUACUAUUUUUGGGUGUGGAAAAGUUAUAGUUGGAAUA